AUAUCAGUAGUUGCAGCUAAGCUUAUGGAAACGCAAGAAACCACAGUAUCCACUGUAGAAAAAAGAGCCAACGCAGAAGGCUUAAAAAAAAACCAUACUUACUCACUCAGCAGAAAACGAAUAAGAAGACGAAUAUUUUUCCAAAACUAACAAAACGCUAUUGCCAAAUAAAAGUGCUAGAAGACGAAUAUUUUUCCAAAACUAACAAAACGCUAUUGAAGUGCUAGAAGACUAAUAUUUUUACAGUGACCCUUAUGUAAACUGAAUAUAAAUGGAAAAUUACAGGAGGCUAUAAACUCUUUAACUUGAAAGCGUAAAGAAACAUUACAGAAUAAAGACUAAUAUUUGUUUAAGGGAAAGUUGGGGUAACAUUCCACAAUAACGUUAUCAUCUAAAGAACAGAAAAUCAUUGUGGUGCCAAGAAGGUCAGGCCGACCCAAGAACAGGAAAUUCAAAUCAUUGUGGUGCCAAGAAGGACAGAUGGCUGGUAUUUUAAGAAAUGUAUUAAGAGGAGUUGUGGGGUACAUUUGUGUAUAAAAUGAAUGUGAAACUAACUAUCGAGGUUGAAUUCUGCAGAGUUGAUCCGGCUUUGUGCACAUGUGCAAAUAAAGUCUAACUUCUGAAGAGCUUGCUGCUGUGGUGUCUUUUCCUCGUGAAGUAAUUUUCUACAAAUUAAUGAUUGGACUUUGAAUUCUGUCGGUUCCUAGACACGACACUCACGUCCCCAACACAUUGGAGGUUGCCACCGAGAUAGGAUUUUGAGCAGACUGGCCACUUCUGCGUGAGGCGAAGUGAAACAACACAUUAACAGCCGAAGGUUGGUUGAAGUCCACAUCCGAGCGAAACUUUCCAUAUACUCUACAAGUCUGGUUCAUAGCUGUUAUUCCGAAAGAAAAAGACGCACUAACAGUAAAACACUACGGUUUUCUGCGUCUGUCCUCCAGACUUGGAAAUGAUGGAGCUGAGAAGCAUCGGUGAGAGUGAUGGAUUCACCUUUUGGCUGGCACAACCCGAGGAUUAUGAUGCUGUGAUGGACAUCUCAGAAAACAUAUAUGGUGGCAACGACUACUUGCCCCACCGCUACCACUCCUGGAUGACUGAGCCAAAUAGAGUGGUGAUACUUGCAAAGAGGGAGGGAAAACUGGUGGCGUUGGAAUCAGGCCUGGUGGUGGAUGAGGGGCACACAGUUGUUGUGGAAGGGUUACGGGUGUGUCCAAAUGAAAGGGGAAAAGGCGUGGCAAGGAUAAUUCAGAGAUGGGUUCAACAGUACAUACGCCAACUGUACCCCAGCGUGAGAGUCUUGCGUCUGACCAGAAACAAUGACUCUGGACCGGAGAAGUUGGCCAAAUUUACAGUGCUGGGCAAGCGGGCAAUUCUUUCAAUUUGUGGUAAGGCAGAGAAUCUUGAUAGCUUCCUGUCCAUCUUGAAAGCCAAGCUUGAUCCUGAGCCCAUGCUGACGGUCUUGGAUGAGGUGCAACUGAGAGGCCUGCUGCUGGAUUCUGAACUCGGCUCCCGUCUCCAGCUUCCGGGGGAUGCAAUGAUCGUAGACUGGCAGCCAUUACAGCCAAUUGAAAGCAAUCUGGAGGUCUUUCAGAGACGAAACCUGACAUGGUUGGCUGACAGGUCGGUGUCACCUACUUUCCUCAGUGUUCAUACGCCACCGUACCCAGUUCCGUACAAUGGAGGCUCCCUCCGCUUCAAUAUUGACCUGUUUGGAACCAGCCAAUCACUGGCACACCUAGCUUUGGUGUCCCACCUGGAGAGGGUGAGGGGUAAGAUCCAGGGGGUGGUAUGGAUAUUUGUGUACAUGCACAGGUCAUUGUGGAAGGGAAUGAGGGAGUACUGUGAGAGUUUGACUGAUGUGGUAAGUUUCAGGGACUACUGGGAGCAACUGAUUCUGGAGAGGCCCUUCUGAGAAAGAGUAACAGAAUUCCUGGUGCUUUCCUCACAUCUGACCUUAGCAACAGGGAGAUGAGAGAAGAGAGGGAGCACUUGAGAAGCAGUCAUUUGUGUUAAUGUUAUUAUAUAGUGAUACUGUUCUGAAGCAUGAUACAUAUCAUUGAGAACAUAUCUGAUUAAGAAAUAAUCACCUGGAUUGAAUUAAAUUAAAUCUUUUCUGCAAUACCAUUUCAAGGGAGUUGCACUGAUGAAGCUCAUGAUUAUGGAAACAACAGAAACUACAAGCUAAAGUAAACAGACUUGAUUUCAUCUUAAUGUUCAAGUUAGUAAUCAUUUCACAAUCAAAGGAGUGGAUGUUGUCAAAUUAAAAUAUGAAAUAGAAUAAAUUUUGAGUAUAUGUAUCAUGGCAUGUCUGCUUUAUGUAGGCUACUUGUUAAUGCAAUAAUCAGAAAGAACACAAUUGCUGUUUGUGUUGUGUGUAUGGAGAAUAUGAAUUAAAGUUCAACUUAACUAUUAA